AUGACUUUCGUUUCUUGUUCUCAACUGAUAUUUCUAUUAAUACUAAUAAUAUCUUGCAUUGGUGAAUCUAAGGCUAAUCGUUAUCGGCGUCAAAAUAUUGAUGGUACUAAUACUAAUAUACGUACAACUCAAUCAAAUAUAGGUAGACAAGUUCCAUUGAAUAAUGUGCCACUUAAUCCAUCGAACAAUCCACAAUUAAUUGUAUCUAAUGAACCAAUUAAUCUUCAACAAAUCAAUAAUAAUAAUCCUCGAAGUUCAGUACCUCAACCACAACUCGAACCAGUUCGUAGUCGUGAAUUCUUUAAUAAUCCGGCAUCUCCGUCGCUAUCGUUUUCUGGUGAAAAACCUCUAGGAUGGUUUGGUACAAGUCGUGUUAAUUGGGUAUCCAAUCGAGAUAGUGAAUUAGAUAAGCAUAAAUUAGCUGCACAACAAUACUCAUCGCCAAAUAAUCCUCAACUAACUAUUAUUCAGCCACGAGCUGAUGGCGGGCCACUUUUUCUUGAAAAAGUAGCUAAGCAAUACGCAAGUAAAGAUGAUAAACUAUUCACUGCCAAUGAAUUUGAAAGUCAUGGCUCAACUUGUUCAAAUUUUGAUAAUUUUAAUGGAUUUGUAUUUGGUAAUUUUAUAUGUCCAUUACCAGCAAGUACAGGUAUGAAUCCGCUUGAUCAAUUUUGCUGUGGACGUGCUAAUUAUCAAUACUGUUGUAAUGCUCAAGAAUUUAGCCAAACACAACGUGGCGCCUUUGCCGAUCAUAGAUCAACCGAUAGACACGGUUUUCCAACACGAACAGAAUAUUCACCAGCAACAAAACGAAUACUUCGAAUUAUUUCUCCUAUUGCUAGCUUUAUUGUUCUAAUAGGACUUGUUAUUUUCGUCUUUUUAUACUAUAAAAAGUUUCGAAAGGAACAAAAUAGAAUUAGAAAACCAGCUGGAGCUACGCGCUUAGAUGAUGAUUAUUCAGUUGUUCCUCAAGAGCCAUCCGUGGAACAGUCAAUAUCUACUCAAGACGAACUAUAA